CCGCCGGCGUCUGCACCAUGGUGACGGGCGGCAGCGGCGCUGGAGCGGACAUGGCGGCUUGGUUGCCGUUACCCUCCGCGGCUGUGACUGCGUUCCUCCUGUUGGUCUUUCCUCGCGUCUCACAGGCCCAGACCUUCUCCUUACCUUUCCAGGAGCCGGAGACGUGCGGCCACAACCAGUACUUCGAUAUCUCCGCGCUGUCCUGUGUCUCGUGUGGAGCCAACCAGCGGCAGGACAACCGAGGAACUUCAUGUGUGUGUCUACCAGGAUUUCAGGUGAUCUCUAAUAAUGGAGGACCUGAUAUUAUUUGUAAAAAGUGCCCAGAAAACAUGAAAGGUGUUACUCGAGAUGGCUGGAACUGCAUUUCUUGCCCUAGUGGUUUAACUGCAGAAGGCAAAUGCCACUGUCCCACUGGCCAUAUUUUAGUGGAAAGAGAUGUUAACGGAACAUUGUUGUCUCAAGCAACUUGUAAACUCUGUGAUGAAAAUGAAAACUCUUUUACAGUAGCAAAUGCUUUAGGAGACAGGUGUGUUCGAUGUGAACCAACGUUCAUCAAUACCAGCAGAUCCUGUGCAUGUUCAGAACCUAACAUUUUAACAGGGGGAUUAUGUUUCAGCAGUACAGGGAAUUUUCCUCCACAUAUGAUUUCAACUGCACGUUAUGGAGAGCUUGGCGCGUCUUUCACUUCAGAAUGGUUUGCAAAGUAUUUGCAAUCAUCAGCAGCUGCUUGUUGGUUGUAUGCCAAUCUAACAUCUUGCCAAGCUCUUGGAAAUAUGUGUGUGAUGAACAUGAAUUCUUAUGACUCUGCCACUUUUGAUGCAUGCCGACUGUUUCAGUUUAUCUUUGAAAACACUGCUGGACUGCGUACUGUUCAUUCUGUCUCAUUUUGGAGACAGAAUCUUCCAUGGCUGUUCUAUGGAGACCAGCUAGGAUUAGCACCUCAAGUACUCAGUACUACACCUCUUCCUACAAAUUUCAGUUUUAAAGAUCAAAACCAGAAUACAAAACUGAAGUUUGUUGCUGCUUCCUAUGAUGUAAGAGGAAAUUUUCUCAAGUGGCAAACUUUAGAAGGAGGUAUUUUACAGCUUUGUCCAGACACAGAGACAAGACUAAAUGCUGCUUAUUCUUUUGGAACAACCUAUCAACAAAAUUGUGAGAUUCCUCUCUCUAAGAUCUUAGCUGACUUUCCAACUCCUGUGUUUUAUGAUGUGUACCUUGAAUAUACUAAUGAAAAUCAACACCAAUAUAUUUGGGCUGUGCCUGUGUUAAACUUAAAUCUUCAACACAAUAAAAUAUUUGUGAACCAAGAUGAUAGUGCUAGUAAGUGGCUUCUGACUCGGCGCAUUUUCUUAGUGGAUGCACUAAGUGGACGAGAAAAUGACUUAGCAAGUCAGCCAAGAUUACUGCGAGUUGCUACCCAAAUAUCACUGAGCAUCCACCUUGUACCCAACACAAAAAAUGGAAACAUCUACCCUCCCUUAAUUACCAUUGCUUACAAUGAUAUUGAUGUCAAAGAUCCCAACAGCCAGUCUGUGAAGGUUUCUUUCUCAGUUGAAUAUGAAAUGAAUCAAGGAGAAGCACAUGUCCAGACAGAUAUUGCGUUGGGUGUUUUGGGUGGACUAGCUGUUUUAUCGUCUCUUUUGAAGACAGCCGGGUGGAAGAGGCGCAUUGGGAGUCCCAUGAUUGAUUUGCAAACAGUUAUGAAAUUCUUGGUAUACUAUGCUGGUGAUCUGGCCAAUGUUUUCUUUAUCAUCACCGUGGGAACAGGUCUUUAUUGGCUUAUUUUCUUCAAAGCACAGAAGUCUGUCUCUGUUUUGCUACCAAGGCCUGCUCAGGAAGAACGUUUUGUUACUUAUGUGGGGUGUGCUUUUGCUCUGAAGGCUCUGCAAUUUUUACAUAAGCUCAUAUCCCAGAUUACCAUAGAUAUAUUCUUUAUCGACUGGGAGCGACCUAAAGGAAAGGUUCUUAAAGCUGUUGAAGGUGAGGGUGGUGUUCGGAGUGCUACCGUUCCUGUGAGCAUAUGGAGAACAUAUUUUGUAGCAAACGAAUGGAAUGAAAUUCAGACUGUGAGAAAAAUUAAUCCACUCUUUCAAGUACUUACUGUCCUCUUCCUUUUGGAGGUUGUAGGAUUCAAGAACUUAGCAUUAAUGGAUUCAUCCUCUAGUCUUUCCAGAAGCCCAUCUAGCUACAUAGCUCCUUAUAGCCGCAUUUUGAGAUAUGCAGUGUCUUCUGCUCUUUGGCUAGUCAUUGGAAUUAUACAGAUCGUGUUCUUUGCUGUCUUUUAUGAGAGAUUUAUAGAAGAUAAAAUUCGACAGUUUGUUGAUUUAUGCUGUAUGAGCAAUAUAUCGGUGUUUCUGUUGUCCCACAAAUGUUUUGGAUAUUACAUUCAUGGUAGAUCAGUACAUGGACAUGCAGAUACUAAUAUGGAAGAAAUGAAUAUGAAUCUUAAAAGAGAAGCGGAAAGUUUGUGUAGCCAGAGAGGUUUGGUGCCAAACACCGACGGUCAGACUUUUCAGAUUGCAAUUUCUAGCCAGAUGAGACAACACUAUGACAGAAUUCAUGAGACACUAACAAGGAAAAAUGGCCCUGCUAGACUAUUGAGUUCAUCAGCAAGUACUUUUGAGCAGAGUAUAAAAGCAUAUCAUACUAUGAAUAAAUUUCUUGGCUCUUUCAUCGAUCAUGUUCAUAAGGAAAUGGACUACUUUAUAAAGGAUAAAUUGCUUCUUGAAAGAAUUCUUGGAAUGGAAUUCAUGGAACCAAUGGAAAAAAGCAUCUUUUACAAUGAUGAAAGUUAUUCUUUCAGCAGUGUUCUGUAUUAUGGAAAUGAAGCCACUCUUCUUAUUUAUGAUCUGCUGUUCUUCUGUGUUGUGGAUUUGGCUUACCAGAAUUUUAUUUUAGCAGCCUUCCUUACAUACCUACAACAAGAGAUUUUUAGAUUUGUCCGUAAUACAGUAGGACAGAAGAAUUUGGCAUCCAAAACAUUGGUGGAUCAAAGAUUUCUGAUUUAAUUUAUUGAAUAGAUAACUUAGAGACUCGAUAUAAUUAUGGCAAAAAAAAAGUCAUGAUUAUCAGGGUAGUUUGCCAUAUUUUUUAAAACUUGUAAUACAAAUUAUUUUUAUUUGUUUUUUAAUCUACAGAGAUUUAUUUUCAUAACUUGUGGAUAUGUAACUUGCUUUUUGAAUAUAUAAUGUGAUAUAAUGGAAAGUAAUGUUUUCCCAGUAUGUAUGGUAUUUAAUUCACCAAUUCAUAAAUUAGAUAGCAAAAAAAAGCUUAAAUGUUGCUUUAGCAUAACACUUUUUAAUAAUCGAAACAGUCCCCAUUAUUUUUCUCUGUUGAUUAUUUUAUAAUAAUUAUAUUAUAUAUGCAUUUUUCAUUAAAAUUUUAAAAGCAUUCCCAAGGUUUUGUUCUUCGAUUCUGUUUAAAGAUUGUAAAUAAGGAACUGUAGCUUGUCAUGUUAUUAACAAGGUGAUUUAUUGAAAGCAAACUUAGGCUGCAUAAGUCAUUAGGCAUAUAUUCUUUUUUUAAAUAAGGAAAAAGAAUAUUAAGAUUCAGAAUAUAAUUAAUGUGAACUCCAAGCCAUGUAGGUAAUAAUUUUCCAUGGUAUGAUUUUUCUUCAAUAUACUCUUUAAUAAUCCUUUUCGUUGUAUACCAUGAACUUGAAAGACACCGUAUUUCAAGUGUAACGGUCAUUAACCCCAAACUGACAUUUCUUACUGCCUUCUGUGUUAAUGCUAUGUAAAUAAUUAAAUGUAAUACUAUAUAAAUAUUAUUAUAUUUCUGAA